CGUCCUCGUGGGGACUAUCAGAAGCGGCUGAACCUGGCUUUUCUUGUACAUUUUCCUUAUUUCCUCCUUUGAAUUCCGCCUUUCAUCUGAGUUAUCCUUUUGUUCUAGAGCUUGAUUUCCGUUCCCGCAGGCCGCCGGAUACGCAGGUUCCAGAGAGUUCACGGCAUGACGCUUCAAACGUCAGUACGGCAGAGACGGCCGUCGACGACGGAAGUCAUCGCGGACGCCGCAAUAAAACUCGAACGGAAGGUCGAGAAGACUCUGACCAUUCUCUGGGAUGAUCUGCCCUCCUGGCAGCGAGAUAACCAUUACAUCACAUCUGGAUACCGGCCCGCCUCAGCCUCCUUCCGGAAAUCCUUUGCAAGCCUAGGGUAUCUGCAUAAUGAGUCCGUCAAUAUUUACUCUCAUCUGCUCGGAGCCCUUGGGUUCAGCUGCGCUGGAUUUAUUCUCUAUACCGUCAUAAAACCUAGGUAUCAGACUGCUACGUCCGCGGAUAUCCUCGCGUUUGGCUGCUUCUUCGCCGGUGCGGCGGCGUGUUUGGGCAUGAGUGCUACAUACCAUGCUAUUUCGAACCACUCACCCACGGUAGCCAAAUUUGGGAACAAACUGGAUUAUGUCGGGAUUGUGUUUCUCAUUACUGGGAGUUUCGUCCCCAGCAUUUUCUAUGGCUUUUACUGCCAUCCGCAUCUGCAAGAGUUCUACUGGACUAUGAUAUGCUCUCUCGGUCUAGCAUGCACCACGGUAUCCAUCAUGGAGCGCUUCCGCACUCCAGCCUGGCGUCCAUACCGCGCCGGAAUGUUCGUGGCGCUGGGUCUCUCGGCCGUAUUCCCCAUCUUCCACGGCCUGGAGCUGUACGGGAUCCACGAGAUGCGGGAUCGUAUUGGCUUGGUCUGGCUCGUUUUGCAAGGAUUUCUCUAUAUCCUUGGAGCCGGGCUCUACGCGGCUCGCUGGCCGGAACGCUCUGCGCCAGGCAAAUUUGAUAUCUGGGGGAGCUCACAUCAGAUAUUUCACGUGCUGGUGGUGAUGGCAGCGUCCUCCCAUUUGUAUGGGCUGUUGAAAGCGUUCGAUUACCAUCAUGGGGUUCUGGGUCUCAAAUGCUAGAUGGUAGAAGACGGAGCGACUUGUACAGAACACGCGGGGUCUCAUGAACAUUAUAGACGCAACGAAAUAGAACGCAUGUCCCUUUUUACCUUUGGCAAUUUAACCUCCAAAAACAGCCUUAUAUUUCUCACGUCAUCCAGCUAGGUAUUUGUCUUAACCCCAAGUUGCAGUGGGCUCAAGCCCCAAAAAUAUCACUGUUACGUACCAGACGCCGAAAACAUCUUGUAUCUGAUUCGUAAAAAGGGACCGACAAGUACGAACACAAAGACCGCCCCUCCUUUCCAUCCCUAUCCCAAAUUCCCC